GUUCUACAUCGGUCUUUAAAAUGUUAACUCUGAAAAUUUCUUUAAAUAAUAUAAAAUCUACACUUAUUACAUGCGUCUCUUUAUCAGUAAAAAAUGACUAUAGAUAUAAUUUUUUUCAAUCUCAAAUCCUUCCAAGGUUUCUGUCCACAACUCAAUCACUUUCUUCGCAAAUUGGACGUAAACCAAUAACUUAUCCAUCUGAAGUUACUAUUACACAUGAUCCAACUCCAAUUACUCAAACACAAAUCCAAGCAGAUCUUUUUUCUACAACAUUAACAAUAUCAGGGCCUUUAGGUACUCAUUCUAUGCCUAUUAAACCUUAUGUAAAACUUAAUUUUAACGAUUCGAAAAAAAAUGAUAAAAACACCAGUAAGGACAAAUCUUCAGACGAAAGUGUGUUCGUAGACGAUAGCGAUCAGGAUAAAAAACUUAGCGUAGAAGUUAGGGAUAAAACUAUAAAACAGCAAAGACAAAUGUGGGGAACAACAAGAGCAUUAAUUAAUAAUUGUGUUAUUGGUGUUAGUGAAGGUUAUAGAGUGUUAGUGAGAUUUUCUGGAGUAGGUUACAGGGCUAACAUGGAAGAUGAUAAGCUUGUUCUUAGAAUUGGAUAUGCUCAUCCUGUCAUAAUGGAUGUUCCUGAUGACAUUAAAUGUAUCACACCUAGUCCAACGAAGGUUAUAUUAAGUGGAACUGAUAAGCAAAGAGUAUUUCAAUUUGCUGCAAAUAUAAGAAAACACAAACCACCUGAGCCAUAUAAUCAGAAGGGUAUAUUUGUCGGAGAUGAAACAAUCAAGAAAAAAGUAAGCAAGAAGAAAUAAUCGCCAAAGCAGGAUGAAUUUUUUUCCCUCAAAAAGUAUGUGAUUUGCAAUACUUUUUAAUGUAAUUUAAUAAAUUUUUUUUUAAAGUACUCUUACAACGAUGGCUUUAACUUUACAAGUAUUAUUUAGUUAAUUUCCUUAAACAAUAUCUCACAGGCUUUAGACUGGAAGAUAGUUAAAAAAAGCUUCAAAUAAAAUUUAACUU